AUGCCAGUCAAUGCUGAACCAGCUCGUGAGAGCAGCUCAGAAGCAAUGUCGGAGUCAGAGAAUUCCAUCAAAGAGGACCCCAAUACUGCUGAAGUGCCACCCACAAUUCAGACAGCCAACAGGACAGACUGUGCCGAUUCCACAGGAGCGAAUGAUGGCCAUCAGAAACAUGAGCCUGUAAAACGCCAAGAUGCGUUUGGUGCCAAAAAGCGAGGAAAACCUCAACCCACUGUCGAGCACAUUGCACGUGCGGUGCGUGCCCAGAAGGCAGAGCAACAGAAGAAGAGAGAGGAGGGACGACAAGCAGCAGAAGAGAGGUGGAAAUUGCGGCUCAAGGCAGAGGAGGCGAGGAAGAAACGCUGCGCAAAGUUCUUGAAGAAGACAAGGAAAGGCCAACCUGUCAUGAAAUAUCGGAUCGACAAGCUGUUGAGUCAACUGCAGGGGGCGCGAUAG